AUGUCUACCGCAAAGGAAGCUGAUGAGCUGAAGCAGCAGGGUCUCGUAGAGGCUGCUGCAGACCCUCAAACCAAUGUCACCGCAGACGAUGCCCAAAAAAAGAUUGUAGAGGCCUCGAGGAAUGCUGGUGUCGCUGCUUUCACAUUCGAUCCUGAUGCAAGCCCGGAGCAGAAGAAAGCUCAAGCCAAUGCCGCCAUCCCGCCCGAACUUCAGCAAAGUAGAAGACCCAAGGGUGCCGCAAUUAUCACCGACGUCGAUGACGGCACCGGCCCUAUCGAAGAUCUGCCAGAACCAAGCAAAGAAGGGGUCUUGGAUGUUGCCCGCGACGAGCAGGGCAAGCCGCUCGCGGAUGGCACUGACCCCAAAGCCGAAGAAGCCCCCUUCUCGCGGACAGGAUGGGCUCCUCGACUAGGAUGGCCAAUUGACGAUGCUACCGAACAGGAGAGUCUCCUCGAUCACGCGACAUGGGUCGAGGGACAGCUUCCAGAUACCCUCUAUGGUGAUUGGUACCACAACACGGGCGUUAUCAUUUUUGCUUGCAUCUCCUCCUGGCUCGUUGCUGUCUUUGGCGGGGGCCUCGGCUGGAUCAUCAUCGUUAUGGCCUUUUGCUCGACCUACUACCGAACGUCCCUGCGACGAGUGCGACGUAAUUUCCGAGACGACAUAACCCGCGAGAUGGCUCUUAAAAAGCUCGAGAACGACAACGAGUCCCUCGAAUGGAUCAAUUCAUUCAUGGUCAAAUUCUGGCCCAUUUAUCAGCCCGUUCUUGCUCAGACCAUCAUCAAUUCAGUCGAUCAAGUUUUGAGCUCUGCUACCCCCUCAUUCUUGGACAGUCUCAAGCUCAAGACCUUUACUCUGGGCAGCAAGCCUCCUCGUAUGGAACACGUCAAAACCUACCCCAAGACUGAGGAUGACAUUGUUAUGAUGGACUGGAAGUUCAGUUUCACGCCCAACGACACCGCCGAUAUGACUUCGCGCCAGCUUUCAAGCAAGAUCAAUCCCAAGGUUGUCCUCGAGAUCCGCAUUGGCAAGGCCAUGAUCAGCAAGGGUCUCGACGUCAUCGUCGAGGAUAUGGCUUUCUCCGGUAUCAUGCGCCUCAAGAUCAAGCUGCAAAUUCCCUUCCCUCACAUUGACCGUGUUGAAAUGUGCUUCCUGGAGCGACCAACAAUCGACUACGUCUGCAAGCCCCUCGGCGGUGAUAACUUCGGUUUCGAUAUCAACUUCAUUCCUGGUCUCGAGAAGUUCAUCCUGGAACAGAUUCAUGGCAACUUGGCCCCGAUGAUGUACGCACCCAAGGUCUUCCCCAUUGAGGUCGCGAAGAUGCUGGCUGGCUCUCCCGUUGACCAGGCUAUCGGUGUCGUGGCAGUGACUCUCCAUGGUGCUCAGGGUCUAAAGAACACCGACAACUUUGGUGGAACCGUUGAUCCUUACGCCUGCUUGAGCCUGAACCGACGCCAGGAGCUUGCCCGAACUAAAGUUGUUCAUGACAAUUCCAACCCCAGGUGGAACGAAACCCACUACAUCAUUGUUACCUCAUUCAACGACUCGCUGGACAUGCAAAUAUUCGACCACAAUGAUUUCCGCAAGUCAAAAGAACUGGGCGUUGCUUCUUUUCCUCUGGAAAGCGUCGAGGAGCUCAAUGUACAUGAAAAUCAGCGGUUGGAGGUCAUCUCUGAUGGCAAGGCUCGUGGUGUUGUUUCGUGUGACGUUCGCUUCUUUCCUGUCCUUGAAACCAUCAAGAACGCUGAGGGACAAGAUGAACCUCCACCUCCAUCCAACCAAGGUAUCCUUCGAUUUACUGUGGAACAGGCCAAGGAUCUGGAUGGUACCAAGAGCCUUGUAGGAUCGCUCAACCCUUACGCGGUUAUGUUCUUAAAUGGUAAAGAAGUCCACCAAACCAAGAAGUUGAAGCGUACCAACAACCCUAUCUGGGACAAUGGGUCUAAGGAGAUUCUAAUCACGGACCGGAAAAAGGCUAAGCUUGGUCUUACAAUCAAGGAUGACCGUGAUCUCGCUGGAGACCAAGUCCUCGGAAAGUACCAGAUCAAGCUUGAUGAGAUGCUUGAAUGUAUGGAACAAGGUAAAGAAUGGUAUAACCUGCAUGGGGCUCAGACUGGUCGUGUCAAGAUGAUGGCACAGUGGAGACCCGUCGCUAUCUCUGGCGUGGCCAGCACUGGUGGCUAUGUCACGCCCAUCGGUGUGAUGCGUCUCCAUUUCAAGAAGGCUACUGAUCUACGAAACUUUGAGGCAUUCGGCAAAUCGGAUCCCUACACCCGAAUUCUGCUCUCUGGUAUUGAAAAAGCAAGGACUGUCACCUUCCGCAAUGAUCUCAAUCCUGAAUGGGACGAGGUACUUUACGUGCCCAUCCAUUCUGCUCGCGAUAGACUUGCUUUGGAAGUAAUGGAUACAGAAAAGGUUGGCAAGGACCGUAGUCUGGGAAUGGUCGAAGUCUUUGCCGCCGACUAUGUCGCACAGGACGAGACUGGGGAGUACCUUGUCAACGACAAGAAACAGCUCCGCGAGGAUGGUCUGCGUCUGCAUGGCAAGGGUAUCGCCAAAGGAGUUCUGCAUUACACUGUUGCCUUUUACCCCUGUCUCAAUGUCGCUGAUCCUGAGGACGAAGAUGAAGAGGAGAAAGAAAAGGAAAAGGAGAAGGAGAAGGAUUCAGAGAAGGACAAGGAUUCCUCCUCCGGUAAAGAACAAUCACCCAACCCGCAGAGAUCCAGCGAAGCUGGUAAAUUCAACGCCAGCCUGGAUAAGCCAAAGGAGAACCAAUUGGAACCGCCCACGCCCACAACUGUUGGACGCCCCUCGAUCGAGGCGCCCAAGGGUCCCCGUAAAAUCCGAUUGUCUCCUGAGGAGCUUCUCAGGUAUGAGAGUGGCCUGCUCAUCUUCAGACUCAUGGAGGCAGAGAUGCCAGAAAGCCAUGGACUGCUGGAGGUUCUUGUAGACGAUAUGGCAUACCCGUCCUACGUCUCGUCAACUGCUCGCAGCAAGCAUCACAAGUUUGAGGAGAUUGGAGAUUGCUUCAUUCGUGAGCUUGACUUCUCCCGACUGACACUUCGGGCUCGCAAGAAGGGUGAUGACCAAGAUGAUCUCAUGGCCUCGUUGGCUGGCAACACCCUGGAAACUCUCAAGCAGUGCCUGAAUAACCCGACAACUCUGAAACUCAAGAGCGAAGAUGGACGCCCCGCGAGUGUUAAGGUCAGCUUGAAGUACAUCCCGGUUAAGAUGCAGCUUGACCCGAGCGAGAGUAUCAAUAACAUGGGUACACUACGCAUUGAUGUUCUCGAUGCUACUGACCUUCCCUCAGCUGAUCGCAAUGGCAAGAGUGAUCCUUACUGUAAAUUCGAGCUCAAUGGCCAGGAGAUCCACAAGACCAAGGUUAUAAAGAAGACUCUGAAUCCCACAUGGAAUGAAUACUUUGAGGUCAACGUGCCUUCGAGGACUGCAGCACAAUUCAAACUCUCGGUGUGGGAUUACGACUUUGCAGACAAACCCGACUUCUUGGGUGCUGCCGACAUCAAUCUCGAGUCUCUGGAUCCUUUCAAGCCAUCAGAGACCAAGUACAUACUUGAUGGCAAAUCGGGAAGCGUACGCAUCCGACUCCUGUUCCGACCCAGCUAUGUCCAGCGAUCACGACAGGGCACAUCCACUUUUGGCAACACUUUCUCGUCUACUCCUGGUCGUAUCGUCACUGGUGUUGCCGGAGCACCGCUCAAGGGUGGUGUUGCAGUCGCGGGAGUUGUUGGUCACGGCGUUGGUAGGGGAGCUUCGUUCCUCCGCCGUGGCAUCUUUAACAAAAAGGACAAUGGGGACAUCAUCGAAGAAGAUGGUGAGGCGUUCGAACCUCAAGGCCUGAGCUCUAAUGGUACCGCAAGCACCAAUGGUGGGCUCCGCCGGUCACCUGCCAUCAACGAAGAGGGCGCAUCACCUGGUACUCGACCUUCUACAAGCAACGGCCAUGUUCGGGCAAAGAGCAUUGGACAGUCAUCAGUCCACAGCGCUAAUCCCGGAGCCGCACCAGCAGGCACUGCUUCCUUUACUGUGGUUGAAGCCACAGGAUUCCCUCCUGCAUCGGAUCUGUAUAUCGUCAUCACGCAGAUCAACCCCAAGGAGAAGACAGUGGGCAAGACCAAGCACUUCAAGUCUACGAAUGGUCAGUGGGCCUUUGGCGAUACAUUCAAAUUUCCAUGCUCGCCCGACGCACAGUUCAAGAUCGAAGCGAAGGGACAGCACACUUUCAGCAGUGACGAUGAUCUGGGCGAGCAUGUUUACUUUGUGGACGAGUCAGGCUCAUCUGCCGCCAAGGAGCUCACAGUUGGCAGUGGAACAGUGACACUGAAGAGCAGUUUCCAACCAACAGAGUCUAACCUGGUUCCCGAUAGUCCCAAAGCCCACCUUCGCCGAAGCUUCAUGAGCAAGCGGGAUGGGCGAACCAGUCGGGAAGUGACGCCAAACCCUUAA